CAUCACGACUUUCUAGUUGGGCGUGGAAAAGCAACCAAAACAGUUUGUUUUCAGGGGGAAUUUUAUAGUUUAUUCUCUUAAAAAUCAUAUUAAAACGAAAAUAAUCUUUUUCAAGUAUUAAAGAACAAUGGGCGCCAGUAAUCCAUUCGUGUCACCGUACUGGCUGGUCACAGAUGGACGCAUUGCGAAUCCACGCUUUACACAUCUUGGCCUUUGGGAGGUGUGUUUUAAUCACUUCCAGGAUAUACAUCGCUUUUACGAUGUCGUCUUCAGGGGUUGCAUGUGGGUGUUCGAAGAGGAAUAUUAUAUUAUCCACGAUUUUCUGCUGCCAAGUUUCUAUGUUGCUGUCCAAGCGUUUGCCACACUAUGCUUUGUCCUGUGCCUUAUUGCAUUGCCACUGACCUUGGCCUUUUUGCGCACUUCACGGGAUGACGAUCGUUACGUAGUCCUACUUCUUACAAUUGGUUCCUGCCAGGUAAUCGCUUCCAUAUUCGGUUUUAUUGCGGUUGUGAUUUUCGGUGCAAACGGUGACUCACGAGAUUGGAUGCCGGGAUGGCAAAACAACGAUAUGGGCUGGUCAUUUGCACUAGCUGUGGUUGGUGGCGUAAUGCUGCUACCAGCAGGUAUAUUGUAUUUAGUGGAAGCGCGCCGGGAACGUUACCGUCACCUAAAUGAAAUCAGUAAUCGUGAAGUGAGUGAAUAUGGUGGACCCUCCGACGAUUACUACCAGCAACAGGCUCAACAGUAUUUCGCGCCAGAGCCAUCUUCUAGACCAAGACGUCCACCUCCUGGUCAGAGUACUUCUGCCGCUGCUGCGGCGGCAGCUGCUGUUCCAACACCGGGAGGCAUACAAACAGAUAUUUGAGCGCAAAUGUGUCGUCAAAAUAAAAAGUUCAAGGCUUCAAGUUCAAGCACAAAAUUGAAAAAUACUUCGGUGAUGUAUAACAUAUUUGAAAAUCGAAGUAUCUAACCACCGUCCAUUUCUUUUAUUUUGCCGAAAUAAUAGGUAUGCUUUCGGUAUACAUUCCAUAAAUAUUUUUUAUAAUUAAGUUAAACAAAACCAGUAUGUUUAGAUAACGACUUAGCGACACGUAUAACAAAAGUUGGCGAACAUACAUACCUACAUAUCUCUGCUCGAAUAUUGCUUCUACAUGGUUUUAUAUUUUACAAAAAAAUUUACUUUGAUUGCGUUUCGAUAGUGUUUUAUUCGUAAAUUAUGUCUUUUAUGUAUAAUUUUUACAGAAUCUAAUAAAGUUUUUACACACAAAUUUAAAU